UAUAGUUGCACCCGUCGAUGCCAGUUGCAUUCGAUUGAAUUUCCUUCCGCACUAACAUUACACUCUUGCCAAAUUCAAACUUUCGAACAUCAGCAUUCCUGCCUCCGAAACCUUCGAGCACGAUGGCAUCCAUCAGCGCAAUGAACACCGCAGCCGUGCAGAUCGGGGCCGUCUGCAAUGUCCAGGGGCUUCCUUCAACGAGCUCCAGCACUGCGAGGAUGAGCUCAAGUGCCCACUUCGGAUCGUUCCGAUUGACUUCCGCUGCUCCUCGUUGUAGAUCUUCUCGGGGACUUGUCGUCAGAGCUAAAGACGAGCCUAGCAAUGUCAUCGAUUCGUUGAAGGAGACAGCGAACAAGGCUGUUGACAACUUCAAGAACUCCAGUCAAGAUUUGGGUGACCAAGCCGAGAGCUUGAAGAACUCCUUAAUCGGAAAGGCUGAAAACGCCGAGAACGACUUGAAGAGGAACGUGAGCAACGGCAACGGCAUUCAAGCCAACCUGCAAAAUGCCGGGGAGAGCUUGAAGGAAAAACUUGACCAGGUGACAGGACAAGCCGAGAAAGCUGUAGACAAGAGAUCGAACCAAGCUCAAGAUGUAGGUAGUGACUUGCAAGCCAACCUGAAGAACGCCGGAGACAGUUUGAAGAAGACCUUGGACAAGGUCACCGGACAAGCCGAGAAUGCUGGUGAUAAAGUCCAGAGUCGUGCUGACCAGGGAGGAAAGGAGGCCCAGAAUGUUGCUGGUGAUUUGCAACAGAAUUUGAAGAACGCCGGAGACAGUCUGAAGAAGCAGUUCGAUCAGGCUAUAGGCAAAGCCCAGGACUCCGUCGACGAUGUCAGAAGAAAGUGAACAAUGUCUCAUUUCAUGUACAGGCUUUUGGAAAUUGGGAAUAGUUGAUGGAGAAUAACAUGGACUCAUUGUCUUGAUUAACGUCUCGACAGAGGUCUAGAGUUUGUUAAUCACUUGUAAGGUAGAUUCGAAACUCUGUAACGAGACACUAGGAUCCGAUAUCGGGAAACUGUUCAAGUUUAUCGAUCAUGUUCGUCUGAGAACAGAACAACAAGAAUGUAAACGCUGUACCAUAUAUCAGUAAACGCU